AUGUCUUCAGCGUCAUCGUCCACGUCGUUCUUUGACAUUGAGCCCCUCGACGGCGGCGAGACCUGCCUCUCCGGCCACACCAUGGAUGCCUGCUCCCUCUGUCGGAAGCCGCUCACCAGGAACUGCGACAUCUUCAUGUACAGAGGGAACACGCCAUUCUGCAGCGAGGAGUGCCGGGAUCACCAGAUGGAGAUGGACGAAGCGGCAGUGAGGAUUGGCGCCACGAACGUGAGGGAGCGUGCCGCCAGAAACGAGCAGCGCCUCAGGCUCGACGCCGGCAAUGUCGUAGUCGCGGCGAAUGUGCCCGUCCUGAGCUAA